AAAUCUUCGGGAGCUCCUUUUUUUUUUUUUUUUUUUUUUUUCAUGGUACUGUUCUUCAUCGAGUCUCCAUAUAUAGCGUAGAAAGCUUCAAUUUCGUUUUCCUCUUCAGCUACAAGGGAAGAAGAAGAUCAUAUGUGACAUUUGAUUUUUCGUUUUUAUUAGGCAGAUGGAUGAAAACAAUGCGGCAAAGUUAACCGGCAUCAGGCAGAUUGUGAGGCUUAAGGAGAUUUUGCAGAAAUGGCAAACCGUCACCAUAGGGCCCAAGUCAGAUGUUCCUCCAUUGGCAGCUGGAAAGCAAGCGGUUGCAAUGAUUUCGCCCGCGAUCAACAAGAGGCUAUUAGAUGUCAAGAACGGUGACUCCGAUGAGGAAAACUGCCAAAGCCCUGAGCCGCCUCAUGAUGUUCCUAAAGGGUAUCUUGCGGUUUAUGUUGGACCGGAGCUAAGGAGGUUUAUCAUACCGACAAGCUAUCUUAGCCACUCUCUGUUCAAGGUUUUGCUUGAGAAAGCAGAGGAAGAGUUUGGGUUUGAUCAGAGCGGCGCCCUCACCAUCCCUUGCGAGGUCGAGACUUUCAAGUACUUGCUUAAGUGCAUGGAGAACAAUCUUAAAGAUCUUCAUCCUGAUGACAACUCUGAUGGGGAUGCAGUAGCAGCAAAGGAAGAGUAAAUACAAGUCAAGUGAUAAAAACUCUUAAAACAUUUCUUUUGUUACAAUGAUUCUUGUUAUCCUUUAAUCAUAUACUGAUGGAAAUUGUCAAUUAGGGAUGUUUACCUUGGGGUGUAAUUGUAAAAUCAGAUUAUCUUUGUGUUUUCCUGGUUUUCCCUCCAUUCUUUUUCAAGGAGGAUUUAAGUUUUUAGGACAUGUAUGUUAGAUGUGAAGGAUUUGGUGGUCAAAGUGAUAAGAAACAAAAAAAUAACUUCUUGUACGAAAAUAUGUGCACAUUUCUUGUCUUCUUCUCCAAUGUUAUUAUCGAAAACGAUUGUUGUGUAUCAAUCAAGUAGGCUAAUGAAUAAAUAAUGCAACAAUGUGGG